AUGGAUCUGCUCAAGAGGAACCUGCUGCUCCUGGUCAUUGGAUUUUGGCUAUGUGCCUGUGUGCAGGGCACUCUGGUCAUCCAGAAAACCAAGCCAGCCCUUCCGGAUCCCAGUCAGCUGCUCGCCAAACUGCCACCAAAGCCGGAAUUCCUCAAGGACCCCAGUCAAUUGCUGGCCAAACUCAUGAAAUCCAAGCCAGCUCUUCCGGAUCCCAGCCAGCUACUCGCCAAGUUGCCACCAAAGCCUGACUUUCUGAAGGAUCCCAGCCAGCUGCUCUCGAAGUUCGUGAAACCUAAGCCCGUUUUCGUGAAACCCGUGGUUGUUAAGCCCGUGGUGGUGAUUAAACCCGUGGUCGUCGGCGGAGGAGGUGGUGGUCAUGGGCAUGGGCAUCAUGGCCAUCAUGGACAUCAUGGCAAACCCUAA